CUCGGGGAAAUUUCCGGCAACACUCGGAAAUCUACUCCCUCGAAUGCAUGUAUAGAGGGUCACAUGAUGUGUACGUCAUGUUCCAACAUGGCUGCGCCCAUGGUAAGCACGCCAAAGAAGACGGUACCGUUUUGUUUGAUGUGUACAAGUACAUCAAAACGUCUUUAUUACUUGCUUAAUCAAAAAUGUAAGUCAGAAAACACCAUUGAACGUUUACAGAAGUUUUUAAGGAUAGACAUUACUUGCGACGAGGCAAAAUGCAUACAUGUGUGUGAUCCUUGUCUGAAUUUUUUGUGUAAAUGGGAGGGGGUGUUGGAUAUUUGUUCGACUAACAUGGAAAGUAUUAGGGGACGAUUAUGUGAUGUAACUGAUUCAGACAGGAUGAAACGAUGUGCAAAAACUCCCCCCUCUGUGUUAAAAACAAUGCUAGAGGAUUCAGAAAAAAAAUUACAAGCGUUGAAAAUAUCAGAUAAACUAAAGCCAAAGAAGAGUAAAAGAACUAUUGACUUCUCAAGUAUGUCAAGUCACGACACAGACAUAUCCGGAGGUGAAACAAGUAUGAGUGAUCACGGAUAUUCAAAACCCCAGGAAAAGUCCAUAUUUCAUUCAUACAGCUUCUCGGAAUCUACCACUAGUGCUGAUGACAUUCUCACUACCUGUGACAAAAUACAUGAAAUUGACAGUGAACUGAAGAAGCUGGCUGGACCCAAGAAGAGUGUUGUUUACAACAAGUCUGCAAGAUUUCUAGCAAACGAGAAUGUAUUUGACCUUGCGAUUCUAGAAAUGAGCAAAGAAUGUCCCAAAUUCUUAAACAUUUUGAAUGCUGCCAUGGGGGAAAAGGUGAAAGCAUCUUCAAAGAAAGCUACUAUUGCUACAAUAUAUGGAAUGGUAAUGCACAGCAGCUCCUGACCAAGCUUAACGAUAUUCAUCUAACUUUAACUGAAAGUUCAAAGAGGGACAUCAUCACUGGAUUUGGCGAGGAAGCAGAGGACCGCAUCAUUAAAGAUGUUUGUGAAGGUAAAGAUGGGAAAUUUAAUGGUGAUAAUUUAGAUAUCCGAGUGACAACGAAUGACAUGCGUAUGGACUCCCAAAACAAGGACUAUCACUUCUUUGCCACAGACUUCACUUUAGACAGAGUAUCCACUAAAGAUUAUUCACAGAAGAAGCCAAUUGUUGAGAAGAUACCACCAGAAGCUUUCCUUCCUAGUGAGGAGGACAAAACUCAAUACAGAAACAGUCUUAAAAUCAUUUUAGGGAGAAUACUAAGCAGUCUGAAAGGUUUCUCAUGGAUCAAAAGUGUUCUUCCUGAUCACAUUCCACACCAAUUUCAAGCUGAUAUGGCAAAAGUUUCAAAAAUCCAUAUAUUACCUGUAUCUCUUCACAAUGAGGCAUCUUAUUCAGACUGUGUACAUAUUAUGGCAGAUGCUACGCAACAGCUGAAUCACUGGUAUACAAGAGCAGGUAGAGCUGGUGAUCUGGAUGACAUGUAUGUACCUUUUGGAGGGGAUCAGUUAACAAGAGUACGCCUAGAAGGGGCUAAGGCACUCAGAGAUGGUGCUCAUACUCGGAAUGAGAGAUUCGAUGUACUAUAUCCAGUCAUCAUUGAGAUGUUCCAUACAAUUCAGGAUUUCCUCGAGAAGAUGUAUAAGAGACUGUACUUCAGCAAGAAAGGCAGAGAGAUUGGUACAAUGGCCCACAUUAAGCACCAUAUCAAAAGGAUCAAUGUCAAUGGAAAUGUGAAAUCCAGAUUUAAGGCCCAUGAGGAUUUUGCAUUAACAUGUGGAAAGGCUUACUUCUUGGCAUUUAUUUUGAAGCAUUUUAAGAUGCAGGAUAUCAAUGAUGUACCAUGCCACCCAAGCUUACAGGAGACCUUACCUAAUUCAGUGCUUUCUGAGAAGACACGAGUGUUCCAUGUCAUACUGGAUGAGAUUCUGGACGAGCUUCUCAUUGAUUUUCCAGAAAAGGAAAGGGCUCAUAAAAAAGUGUCCCUGAAAGUCACAGUUGGUGCAGGAACAGCUUGUUUUGUUAGAGCAAAAAUCCAAGAGGGAGCUGCAAUUGUUCCACUUUGCAUCAAUGGGAAAGAUAUGGUUAUAAAGAUUCCCCUGACAUCUCUGGAACGACCUUGCUCACUCCAGCUCAUAAAUCCACCAAUGUGUGUCCAUUUUGAAAAAGUUGUCCCACCUCAGGAUCAGCUUAAUGAUUACAUGAGCAAUUUCCUUCAGUGGUAUUUUGUCAUCAUACAGUUCAAAGAUAUUGUACAUGAAGGAGACAUUUUCCGCCUCAACUGUAUAUUGAAACACAUGAUUCCCUUCUUUUUCAGUCAUUCAGUGCUCUCAAAGUACAUGACUGAAUUAAUUGACUAUAUCAUGAACACUGAGCAUACAUUAUCACCACAACUUGCAUUAAAAGUACGAGCUGCAUCAUUUGUUAAUCCCUUUGGUGGUGUUGGUUGCAACAAAGCAGCUGAUCUAGAAAAGGAAAACCAAGUGAAGUUUCUUAAGUCUUUGAUUAAAUCACUGGGAGCCAAUAAAACUGAACGUGCUAUUGUUAACCUUACCAAGGCAGCACCUGUGAUUCAGCAAGUCAACGAUAACUUUGAUCAUAUGACUGAAUUCAAAGACAUCAAAACAACCCAUAAGGUGAGAAGUGAUGAAGAUGAUGUUCUAGCCAUUGUGAAAUAUCUACAGAAAAACAAGGUUUGGAUAUCUCAGAAGAGAGAUAUAUCUGUGAAGGUGUUGCGUACUCCAUUCUCUUUUGAGACUGGUAGACUUUUGAACGCUGUGAAUGGUACAGUUGAACGCUUAAUGCGAGAUUUACCUGUAGAUGAUGAUGAAGCUGAAGAUACUGAUGACAACGAAUGAAUGAACAGUAAAAUGAGAAAAUUUAUGAUGAAAUGAGCAUAAUGAACUUUUCAUUGGGUUAUUACUUUGUCAUGUGAAUACAACCCGGUAGAAUACUUCAGAUCAUACCAGGUCAGAAUAACACCAUCAAGAUGACAGAGAGGCCUAAGUUGUUUGUUAUGGCUCUGUAAGACUUGGUUAACCAUUCCAAAGGCUAUAGGUGCUUCAUCAUUAGAUAUUGUGCUGUUUUUUUUUCUGAAUCAAUUUAUACUUAUUAGCAUUCAGUUCUAUUUCAUCAAAGCAAAAGUGACUAUCACAUUUUGUCUAAUGGGAAAUGAGGAUAAUCUGUCCCUAUCUAAAUUCCAUCACCCACAUAUAUAUCAAUAUGGAGUUAUGGAAUGAUGUGUACAUAUGUAAAAGAACAUAUUCUUUCAUAUGUAUACAAUACCUGAAAUAUUUGAUGUCAGACAUCAACCUAUUUUAAGGUGUAAACAAAUAUUCCAUAACCAAAUAAAUGAAGAAAGGGGCAUAUAUAUAUAUAUACACACACACAUAAAUAUUACUUAUUGGUGGGCUUGGACUCGUUUGAGGAUUAUUAUAUGAUAUAUCAAUAUUGUUGCUCUCAUCAAUAAAUUUCCAUUUUUCGUUGUUUAUAAUCUGUAUUUACCCCUGUGGAAAUUUGUCUCCAUUUCUGUUUUUCAUAAAACAUUUUUGUAUUGCAAAUAUAUAUUGUUAAUCCUUUUAGAUUGAAAUAGCAUGGUUAACACAUUGGUGUAUUGGAAACUGUUUAUUAUAUU